AUGACUUUCGACAAAUCCAAAUUAGAUGCUCUUGUCAAGGACUGGUUGGCCGUAGAUGUCAACCCACAGUCCCGGCAGGAAAUCUUGGAGUUGCAAAAUUCCGGUGACUAUGCCACCUUGCACAGAAAACUCUCUACCAGAAUCGCCUUUGGCACUGCUGGACUUAGAUCAUCCAUGGAGGCCGGAUUUGCCCAUAUGAAUGACGUGACCAUCUUACAGGCCUCUCAAGGAUUGGUGGAGUACCUUCUUGCCAAUGGAGGCUCGUCGUUGGUGGUCGGAUAUGACCAUCGUCACCAUUCACAGAGAUUCGCAGAAAUCACCGCUAGCGUAGCGCUCACAAGGGGUUUCACAGUGUACUACUUGGGUUCUGUGUCCAACCUUUCAUCUGAACUGGAUGCACGAGUCUCAGAUGAUGGUCAAGAUAGGCUGUAUGUGCAUACACCCAUGGUUCCCUUUGGAAUCGAUACUUACCAUGCAUCUGGAGGUGUAAUGGUCACAGCGUCUCACAAUCCGGCUAAAGACAAUGGCUACAAAGUUUACUAUGGGAACGGAUGCCAGAUCAUUCCUCCUCACGACGUAGGCAUUGCAAAUAGUAUUGCACAGAAUUUGGUACCGUGGUUAGAUAAGAAGGUGUGGGACAUCGCUGGUAAUUUUGAGGCAGGAUUGGCGUCUGGCAAAUUAAAAUCGGUCAAGAGAGAUCUCACCAAGCAAUACGUUGACACUGUGAUGUCCAAAUUGGCGAGCAAUCCGUCGGUGAACUUCGACUUCGUCUACACUCCAAUGCAUGGAGUCGGGUUGGAGAUAUUCGAGAAAAUCGCCCAGAAGUUUAAUAUCACGGUCGAUAGUGUGCCCCAGCAGUCUGUUCCAGACCCAGACUUCUCUACUGUGCGGUUCCCAAAUCCAGAGGAGGCAGGAGCCCUUGAUUUGGCCAUAGAGCAGGCAAAGCGCAAAAAUGUCAAGUUGGUGGUUGCGAAUGACCCCGAUGCUGACAGAUUCAGUGUCGCUGUGUCUCACAAUGGAACUUGGAGACAAUUGACUGGUAAUGAAAUCGGAAUUUUGUUUGCCGUAUUUAUUAUUGAGGAGCUUACUCCUGCCGAAGAGCUUGCCAAUACUUACUUGGUCAAUUCGACCGUUUCCUCACAAUUGCUUCGGUCUAUUGCAGAAAUUGUUGGUUGCAAGUUCACUGACACCUUGACUGGGUUCAAGUGGAUCGGCAAUAAAACCAUUGACUUGAAAAACGAAGGAUACCUGGUGCCAUUCGGCUAUGAAGAGGCUAUUGGGUACAUGUUCGAUGUGGUCAAUGAUAAGGACGGUAUUUCUGCUGCAGUUAUGUGGCUUCAACUCUACGAGAAGUGGUUUACUGGCGAUGUCGAUCCACUCGACAAACUUGAGCAGAUCUACUCUAAGUAUGGAUGGUUCAAGGAGUGCAAUGGCUACUACAAGCUCGACGAUGUGGCCAAGACGCCUCAGAUCUUCAAUGAGACGAUCCGAAAAUCGUACGGAGCUGGUCGUGACUACCCAGAAACCAUUGGUGAAUUCCGGGUGGUGGAAUGGCGAGACUUGACGGUGGGAUAUGAAUCCACUACUCCAGACAAUGUGCCGUUGCUCCCUGUUGAUGCCACAUCGCAAAUGAUUACUGCGGUUCUAAAGGCGAGCGCUUCUACGGGGCAGGUUCGUUUCACCUGUCGAGGAUCAGGUACCGAGCCAAAGCUUAAGGUUUACAUUGAGGGUAAGUCUGACAACAGCGAGCAAGAGGCGGAAGAUUUGGCCGUGCGGUGUUGGAGAACAUUGCGGGAGGCGUGGUUCCAGCCCGAGAAGAACGGCCUCGAAGAAGUUGUUUGA